AUGAAUGAGAAGAGCGAACCUCAAGACAAUCAGACCCUGAAAUUCCUGCAUCAAGUCUUGGACGAGGCUUCCUUCUCCGAUGGCACAAGAACGAAUGUGGACGAAACGGUUGCAAACAUGGGCGAGAGUGCGGAAGAGGAAAACCAAGGGAAGCGGGAUACGAAGGAGUGCGACGAAACUCUACAGGUCUUGCAAGAAGUUUGCCUGAUAGACAAAAACUUCUUAAGAACCAAGAGUACCACCAGUGAGGACGAAGGAAAGAAGAAUCCCAUGAUUGGGGGGCUGAGUGAUAGUAGCGAGGAGUGGCGGGAUGGACAAUGCAUCCCAGGAUGCAAGCUGCAAACAUAUGAAACAACGUGCGCAGACCAAAAGCUGUCGACUAGCCGCACAAGUCAAAAUGAUUCAGAAGCGUCCCCUGUUGUGGUCACUUCGCAUGGAGGUGGAGAGGCGGGAAAUGUUGCAACCAUCCCAGGAGUAUUUGCAAUGAACACGGGUGAGGCACGACAACGGAAUUCACUGUCCUUGGACCUCAUGGAUGAUGAACCCGAUGAGCGGAAUCAGUUUGAUGAUGCAGAGGACCCGCCCGAGGAUUCACACCAACUGUCAGGUCAAGACGUGGCGUUGGACGAUGCUUACUUAGUCAUUGAGGACGGCACUGAAUGCUCGAGCCGUCCCGAAGGAUCACUGAUGGAAAGCUUCAGCCAAUUCUCGACUUUCUCGACAUUGGAUGAGGGACUCGAAGUCGUUGAUGGCAAGUUGAUUGUCAAGACACCAGCUCAGUCCAGGCGAUGCGGGCAAGUUUCAAAGGUUUUACUUCUGAUUCUCCUAGUCAUUGUUCUUGCCUUGGUUGUGCUCGCUGCCGCGUUAUUGCUUCCAUCCCUCGGAGAUGACGAGGAGUGGCAACGAUUCCACAUGGUAUCGUUCUUCUACAUGAGCAAUGGACAAGCUUGGUUUCGAAACGACCAUUGGCUAAGCUACAACGUCAGCGAAUGCGAAUGGUUCAAUCAUGGAACUAGUGCCAAUGUGUAUGGGCUGGAGAGCUUGGAGGCCUUGCCAGUGUGCAAUGAAGACAACGAGCUUCUUGUGUUCAACAUGUCUGCAAACAAUCUCAAUGGACAUUUUCAGUUGAUCACUCACUGGGUCCCAACAAUGCGCCGUUUCGACAUCUCAAAAAACAACUUGCAAGGCCUGAUCCCAGUUAUGUCUCACCAACCUGAAGUUGAAGUGUAUGAUGUUUCCGAAAACCAAUUCAAUGGUAUGAUGGUAGGCGAGUUUUCUUCCUUCAAGAUGAAAGUUACGCGAACACAUGGGAACAGAUUGUUUGGGCGUGCUCCGGGCAUGUAUCACUUCUUGCCCUAUCUUGAGGAUUUGGACAACUCUGGAAACCUGUACCAAAAUCCUUUGGCAACCGAAAUUGGCCAUUGCCAAGAUCUCAAGACUUUGAACAAUGCCAACAACAUGUUCUAUGGAGCCCUUCCAUCAGAGCUUGGAUCUCUUUCCCUAUUAAAAAAUUACAACGUGUCAGGAAACAUUGAUGUGAACGGCUCCAUCCCGAAUACUCUCAAGGCUCCCUCGAAAUACUUGCUAACUGCAGCCUCUUAG